AUGGACGGCGCUAAUGCAGAAAUCGAUGAAGAUAUGGACGACGUUGAGGAAAAACCGAUGAGUUCCAACGCAACGGAUUCCGAAGAUCAUCUCAUGAGCGAUGUCUCUGGUGAAUCGCAGGAUUCUCCAACAUCCGGUAAAAGCAGUAUCGACGAAGCUAGUGGUUCAUCAGGUGCAGAGCAGGGAAGUGAUAAACGAGAGCGAAGACGUAAGGCUGGACUAAAGCUCAAUGAAAUUGCUGCGCGACUUCAUGAGAAAAAUUCACCGGAAAGUCCACAUUCAGCUGAUGUUAGAACCGAAAUAAAAUGCGAGGUAGAUUUUUUUCAUUUUUUACUUACAAGACUGAAACGAUGA